UGGUGUCCACUGCAUCACACCAGCACUGUGCCUGUAGAGUGUUCCUCUACAACUAAUAUACAACACUGAUUCUAGUUAUUUAAAAAAUUAACAACAAUGCACUUAGAAUAAUUGUUGAAGUUUGGGAUAUGUUCGUAAUACCGUAAUUCCAUCAAGAUACACAAAUAAACAGCAGUAUGGGAGCGGGGGGCGCCGCCACUGGACUGGCCGGCGGCCUGGUGGCCACCGAGAUCUGUGCUCCACUUCUCCUGCUCUGCUGGCUGUGUUGCUGGCCUGAUGAUUCUAAAUCAGAUUCUGAUUCCCGCAGACGUUCUCACGAUUUCUUCAGUAGACGUAUUGGUAGCAGUGCUGUCUCUUUACAUCUUCCAAGUACUUCAGGCCAUGCAAAACAACCGUUAUCAGCUCAUAGAAGUCACGAAGAGAUACGCAGUCGACGCAAAUCUCAUCAUGAAGUGACCGAAUCGGAGACCCGCUACCACUCAGCACCUAGCGUGAUAGACGAAGUUCUACAUAGACGCGACUGGGAAAGAUCUACCAAAGAUCUUCAUAUACCUCUAAAACCUGAUGCAGAACAUAAAGAUUCUGAUCUGAGUCUGAGUACAGAAAUAGCGCCUCGGGCUGAACCAGAAUUGUCUUCUCCGGAAUGCAAUAAAACAGAUGAACAUCCUCCUAAAACUUGUAAGAAACAUUACACAAAUAUCAAAUCGUCACGAGGCAGAAAAGAUAAAGAAUCUUAUACAGACGAUAUAAAGGAUACAGAUGCCACAGAAUUGUCUAACUUUUAUAUUGGAGAUACGAAUGAAGCAACAUCUUUACUCAGCAGGACUCCUACAAAAGAUGAUAACGAACUAUUUGAAGAAAGAACUAAAGCAGUAUAUAGAGCAAAAGAAGCAAAACAGUCUCUUAACGAAUCUAUUAAAUCAAAGGAUCGUCCUAGACAAACAUUGAUUCCGUUAGAGGAACAUCAAACUUCAAAGGUUUUCAAUUAUUGGCUAGAAGAAGACGUGGAUCAAAUCGAUAGAUCUGGAGCCAUGCAUCAUAAUAUCGAGUCUCGUGUGAGCAUGAGACCGUAUCCUCCACCAUCUGUUGAAACUGUUGGCUAUGAAGGUGGAGCGUGCUAUCUGGCAGAAGUAGGUUCCGUGUCUGAACUACGCGCAAGGCCAGCGAGCACUGAAAUAGUACCACCGGGAGCUAUGAGGGCGCGGCAUGCCAGCGACGGGGACAUAUUGGCGCCGCCGCAAAGACCUGAAUCUGGAGCCUUCUCAGAGAGCGAUUUGGAUUUAGAAUUGGAGGAGAGUGAAGAGCGGCCACCAGAGUAUCACGAGCUGCAACUCUGCUCAGACUCCGACCGGAAAGAAACUGCUAUCUAAUUAAAUUACCAGAAGAUCACAUACAAAAUAAUUC